AAGAAGAUGGCGCUGCCCGCGUAGUAGCAAAACUAAUCGAAUUUUGUGUUUAGUCACAUGAAGAUAGAAAAACAAAAACGAGAUUUCUUCUCGUAUGAAAGUUCGCUAAUCAACGCAACGUAACGUAACGUUGGAGGAGAAUAAAGAACAAACGAUGCCUGCCUUCCGGCAAGUCGGGGAGAAGCAGCUCCCCAACCCCGUGCUGUGUAUGGCAUGGUCGCCCAAAAGAGAUCUCAUCGCUCUGGCCAGUACAACCGGAGAAUUGCUGCUGCACCGCUUGUCCGGUUUCCAGCGGGUUUGGAGCUUAGCGCCCAGCGAGCACAUCGGGAAGGAGAUCACCGCUCUUGCCUGGAGACCCGACGGCAAAAUUCUGGCCUUCAGCCUGGGAGACAUGAAGCAGGUGGUGUUGUGCGGCGUGGAGAAGGCGGAGAUCCUGCACGUGUUCCACAUGCAGAACCCCGUCAGCUGCAUGCACUGGAUGGAGGUGACGGAAGAAAGCAGUGCCCUCGGAUCGUUUUAUCAGUCGGAGGAUGAAUCCAAAUUGUUCCUACCCAAAUUAGCGUCCCUCCCCAAGAACUACAGCACAACAUCGAAGCUCUUCAGUGAGGAGAAGUCUGACGAGAUCAUGAACCUCCUUGGAGAAGUCAGGCUGAACAUACUCGUCCUGGGAGGAGACGUCGGCCACGUGGAGCUUUACGCCUACGGGAUGUACAAGAUUGCAACGUUAGCCGGAGUUUCCGGAAGCUGUCGCACACUGAGUCUGGCCAGUGACCUCAAGUCUCUGGCCGUCAUCACCGAGGUGAAGUCUGCUGAGGACCACGCAGAGAUUUGCUUUGUUCAGCUGGACACGGGCCUGCUGUCCGAGUGCCUGGCCGAGCUGACCAGGAUGGCGCGCAAGUUCACCCACAUCUCCACGCUGCUGCAGUACCUGCAUCUGUCGCUCACGUGCAUGUGCGAGGCCUGGGAGGAAAUCCUCAUGCAGAUGGACCUCCGCCUCACCAAGUUUGUGCAGGAAAAGAACACCAGCACACAAGUGCAGGACGAGUUCCUAGAGCUUCUUUUGUGGGGACAGUCGAGUCCUGAACUGCAGGCUCUUCUCAUGAACCAGCUGACUGUCAAGGGCCUGAAGAAGCUCGGCCAGACCAUCGAGUCGUCUUACUCCAGCAUCCAGAAGCUGGUGAUUAGCCACCUUCAGAGUGGUUCCGAAGCGCUGCUCUACCACCUGAGCGAGGUCAAGGGCAUGUCCCUGUGGAAGAAGAAGUUCGAGCCCCUCGGCCUGGAUUCGGCCGCCAUCGACGGGGCCAUCACGGCCGUGGGCUCCUUUUCCUUAAAGACCAGCGAACUCCUGCAGGUGAUCGACAAGAGCAUGAAGAACUUUAAAGCCUUUUUCCGCUGGCUGUAUGUCGCGAUGCUAAGAAUGUGCGAUGAGCACGUCCCUCCAGAGCUCAACAAGAUGACGCAGAAGGACAUCGCCUUUGUCGCCGAUUUCCUCUCGGAGCAUUUCAGCGAGAACGAGCAGCUCUUUGAUCGGAAAGGGAAGUACUUCAACAUCGAGCGGGUCGGUCAGUACUUGAAGGAUGAGGACGAGGACCUCGUAUCUCCACCCAGCAGCACAGGGAACCAGUGGCUCAAGUUUUUACAGGACAGCACGCACCUGAAGGAGAGCCCUCUGCUGUUUCCUUCCUUUCCCCAAAAGUCUUUGCACUUUGUCAAGAGGAUGAUGGAGAACGUGAUCGAGCUGUGUCUGCAGAAACCCGCGGAAGUGAUCGGGAAGUCCGUGAAGCAGGCUGUUUUUCUACCGCUGUACUCGGCGCCACAGCGCUCUGAAAAUACCCCGCGACUUUUUGAGCUUCCAUCCUUGUGGAAUGACAAGAAGGCCAAAAUGCUCUACGUGGUGUUCUGCAUGCCGCACGUUUCGCCGCACAAACUCUACCUGCUGCGCAGAGGAAGCGACCCAAGCAGACACAUCCCCAACGGCGUGGCGUCCCUCGACCUCAGCCACCAUCUCGACUCCUCGGACGGCGAGACCGCGGAACCCCGGCCGCGCGACGUCUACAGGUGCCUGGAUGCUCGUUUCUAUAGCGACGAGAUGCUGACGGUGGUCCUCCAGGGAGCGGAAGAAGAAAGCGGGCGCAGUGUCCUGGCACAGCUUCCUCUCUCUUCGACCCUGAACUGUGAGAGUGAAUUCGACUGGACGCCCAAUAUGAGGUUGGACCAGCAGAGCGCCAGCAUUCCGUGCCAAGGCCUGGUGCUGGGAAAUCAGUGGCGGGAGCUGGAGGGCAUGAAGGCCCAGUUCGUCGCAGUCAACGGCAUCCGAGAAGUAGCCUGCGUGCUGAGCGAAAAUCUGAGGCACCUACGUGUCUUCGAGAUGGACGUGGAGGACGAGGACGACGAGGGCACCGAGCAGCAGAACGACGCCGCCGAGCAGGACACGCCGGACGCCACCAUGGCCAGCCAAGGAGACGAGAGCGCCGAGGCCGGACGCGACGAAGCGGGGAAGACCGAAGAGCACUUGGAGUCGGAGGAAACGUCUGAACUGUAGACUCAGAUGGAGAUUACCUGUUUACUUGGUUUUCUUACUUUUUGUUUACAUGAAAUGGAAAAAUGCAGCUGUUAUUUUCUUAAAAUAAAGAUAUAAGUGCUUCUG